AUGGAACCUUUAGGAAAAAACGAAUUGGAAACUAUUUUUAAUAUAUUAUCUAUAGGUGAUAUAUAUAAAAAUUUUGGCAACACAGAGAACUCUAAUAUAUACGACGACAAUUGUACAAAAUUACGAAUUAAUGAACAAAAUAUUAAAAACCUUUGUAUGUUACUUCUAAAAAAUAUAAAUAAAUUGCCCAACUCGCAGAGUGAAAUAGAAAAGCAUAAUCUUAAUGCAUCUUAUUUGGCUUACUGGUUAAUUCAUGAAUUAAGUAAACUUUUUACAAGUAAUUCGGAUAAGGAUACUAGAAAUAUUAUUGAUAAAAUUAUUGAUAUAGGAAACGAGAGCUACUAUGAACUGAAUAAUAAAUAUUUAUUCUAUAACUCUGAUUUUGACUUCAAAUGGUCUAAUGAGGAGAAAUAUUUGAAUGAAUAUUUUAAAAAUUACAAUAAAAUUAAAUCGUGUCCAAAGGAGAAAAAUGAAACGUGUAUUAAGUAUCUUAAUUAUAUUGCAUCUAUAUAUGACGAACAUAGGAAGGAUUGCAUGUGGAAGGUAUGUCAUUAUUUCAGACAUAAUCCUAUAUAUAAUCCUAAUGAUCUUUUAUCAACAUUAAAAUAUAACAUUCUAGGAUAUGGGGAAUUAGAAAAUAAUAGAGUUCUAACAGUAAGCAGUAGGGAAUCAAUGAAUUCAAAUAAGUCUAAGGAAGACAUGGAAAUGAUAAUUAAAUAUAUGAGUUGCUAUGAAGUAUACGAUCAUGAAGAUAAAUUUUUUGGUUAUAAAUGCGAAGAUUCAGCAUAUCAUCGACACAGAGAAAGAGUGUACAGCAGAAGAAGUACUAAAAAAAAAAUUACAUCUAAUAUUCCUAUAUCCAGUGUGUCUGUUUCUAAUGUCAUGAAGGAAAUUAAAAAUUUAACAUGUAAAGAGGAUAAUGAUUUUUAUAAUAAUAAAAUAGUAGUUUGCAAUAAUCCUAAAAAACCCAUGUCAUUAAGUACAAGUGUUUCAAAUCAAGGUGAUAAUAACAAUAUCCAUUCUAUUUCAAACAGUGGAUCCGUUGUAUCUGCAAAAACAAAUACUAGGAAAAAUAAUUAUGUAAAAAUGAAUAUUCAAAAAAAUGAUGAAUUGUACCCAAUUAUAAAAAGCUAUGAUAAUACCGACAAUAUGUAUCCUGGAGUUACACAAUUAAAGGGAAAACGACAGGUAUCGGAGUUCAGACAUGAAGAUGAAAAAGACCAGACGGAUCAUAUUUAUAGUAAGAUGAAAGACAUGUUUUUAACAACUGUGUUUCAUGAAUUUUCAAAGGAAAAACUUAAGGACUACUUCGAAGUUAUAGAUGAAGGUAACUCAAAGUCUACAACAGAUAGGAGGAACCCAAUAAAUAUGAAGGAAUUAAAAGUAGAAAUUUCUGAAAUAAGUACACAACCCAAUUCUGUAUCAUCUAAUGAAGAUUUCAAGUUUACAAAUAAGGACAUUAAAACUUCUUUAGAAGGAAAGCUUAACAUCGUCUCAUACAUCACAUUCCGAAUUUUUUUUACACCGUUUGGAUCAUGGAUACGUAAGAGAGUAUCAAAGGAAACAGUAAAUGACUAUAGUGUUUAUGGAGUCCACAUAAAAAAUCAUCCAUUUAGUGCUUCAAAAACCAAGAAUACAUAUUAUAAAAAGAAAAGAAUUCAAAUAGCAUAUAAUUCUUAA